GAGUCGCCAAUCGGGACCGAUCGAGAAUGCUCGCAGCUGGUUGCCGCGGCGUGAGAGAGCGAAAAGGGUGAUGGCGAGUAGCGAUGGUAGUGGUGCUGGGUGACGGUGGUGACGACCGCCGCGAAUUUUUUUUUACCGAUGGCUCUGUCCGAGGUGCAUAAUUUGGCCGCGAUUAUCGGCAGCAAUGCUUUCGCCGUUGGCAAGAAUAACGAGACCGAGCGUGGUGUCAAUAUGCUGGAAGUACCGCGGAAGGUCUACUCUAGGGACGUGCACGGCCUGGAGUACAAUCAUUGGGGCUACGACUUAACCGGCUGCGGCACGAAGAGAAACAUGAAUGUCGAGGACGAGGAUAGUCAAGAUUUGAACAAUCCCAUGGUCAACGACUUGGUAUCGAAGAUCCUCGACGAGGACUCCAUUACCAUUGACACCUGUCACAACAGUUACAACAGCGGGGGCGCGCAUUAUCAGACGGACUACGCCAAUUCCGUACGCUCCAAUCAGGUCGCGGACAGCUUGGACGCCUACCUGACCGACGUCGAUCACCUGGUCGCGCGUUAUCCGCUGUCCAGCAAGUUGCACAACAUCUACAACAACGCCAAGAGCGAGUACCAUCAUUCCAACAAUUUGUGCAACGACCUGAAAACGCUGAACCUCGGUACGUGCAUGCGACAGUCCGUGGAACAGGGCAAUGCGUGCGGCAGCGACAUCGCGCCGAGCCCGUACUCGUCCGACCCGCGGUCGCACGUUGUACACGCGAACGACGCCGGCAUGUACACGAGCGGCGGCGGCGGCAACAUGCCGUUGUGCAACGAUCUGUUGACGACCACGAGCGGGGCGGCGAGUUACGGCAAACAGUCCGGCAACUGGACGGAGCCCCUGUUAACCCCCUCGAUGGGAUGCCGUGCCGAACUUACCGGGAACUACUCGCGAAUCUCGAAUUGCGCCAAACCGGAUCUGAAUUUUAACGUUACCGCGUUAACCCUGGCACUGGACUCCCCGAAUCCCGUUCCCAUCGGCGAGCUCGAGUAUCACAGCAGCAUGCGGCAGAACGUAUCGUCCAACUCGUACGGCGGCAAUACCAUGGUGAACAUGCACGACAUGUACGGCGUUACUGGUAAUCCUAGUCAGGGUCCUGGCUACAGGCCCAACUCGGCGAUGACCGAUCUCAGCGUCGAUUCCGGCUUCCUGUCGAACUCGCCGUUGCAGCACUUCUCGCCCGCCGACACGGCUCUGCACACCUGUUUCGGGAGCGGGAUGCAACGCAACGGCAUGGGUGACUUCAAGGACGUUCACGACACCGCCAGAUUAAAUAUGACGAGUAUCAGCAUACCGAACGAGCAGAUACAAUUCUUGCAGUCGCAAGCUCGUAGCUACAAACUGGAUCAAGCUGUGGACCAAGAUUACAAAAACUUGAUCGAUUAUUAUCCCUCCGGUACAAACAACUUUGUCGCGUCCUCGGCGAGUAAUUUGGACACGAACGAGAACGUUUGUUUCCCUAGUGACUGUAGAAUGGAUAAUAGCCUGUUAAAGAUGAUCAAUCCGAAAUCAAAGUCCAUCGAAGCCAAGACGUACUCACCGAUAGGAUUUCCGAAGAAUCUGAGUUCGCGCAACUUGUACCAGCCUAUCGCUAAGUACGGCUGUCACAAUUAUCAACAGUACACUGCCAACAGUGGCGACGCUCUGAAAAUACUGCAACAAAAUUCUACAUUCUAUCACAACGAUUUGAAGCAGCCUAAGGUCAACGCGUACAAACUUGAUGGAUUCGACUUGGGCAAAGAGAUCGCGUUUCCCUCGGGAAGUCACCUGACCGAUCGCAUCACGGGAUCCACCCUGGACAAGGAUGCCUUCAAUCAUAUUCUGAAACAACGACACCAUAUAUCGAAAAUGCAGAGCAUUCCAGCUGGGAUUCCGCCUCCCGAUAUUAUUUUCAACUCGGGAAUGAUAUCGGGCACGAAUACCGUGAGAUCGGGAGCGUUUCCAUCGGUGAUGCCAGUUCCUGUUCCGGUACCGGUUCAUCCUGUCCCGCGACUGUUCUCCGCGCUUUACGGAGGAAACUUGAGUUUUAGAAACGGCAGUGGCGCGGCCAGAAAGACUGGUCCCUCGAGUAUAUUGCAUUUCAAUCUUGAACAAACGUACGAGCAAUUCAAGCAGUUGGAAAAAGAGCGCAAGAAAUGCGAGGCUGGAUUGGCCGCGCAUUUCCCGGGGAAACGAGUGACCAGCGCGAAUAACAUACCCAUCCCGCGUCUUCAGGGAAAUCCGUCGAGGGUGGAUCGUUUGAUAAUCGACUACUUGAGGGAACACGCUCGUGUCAUUACGUUGAUAGCAAAGAUGGAACGCCUACGUGGGACCACGAUGAAUCAACGCGUGCACAAGGCCAUGGAAUAUUGGCUGGAAGCUAUCAAGUACGUUCAAGAGUGUCGCAAGCAAGAGAUCGCGAAUGCUAUCAAACGUCAGAAGGAGAACCCACAUUGCAUUUUAGCGUAUGACGACAAUGAUAUUCUGACUCUGGCUGGGAGCGUCCACGAAUUGACGAAGGCGUCGCGAUACGCGCGGACCGGUAUGUAUAAUGCGCUACAGGCUACACUACUUUAUGACUUGGACAUAGAGAAGAAAGUCGUCGAGGCUUCUAAGGAUCCAGUCUUAGAUGCGAAAGCCCACAGCGAAAGUCAAACGAAAGACGGAACCAACGAUUACACAAGCAAUACCUAGCAAACUUGCGCUGAAUCCACUUGGUAUCGCUCAUCUUAAAGUACUAAAUCGAGAUUCCAGCAGCUUUUUACUUACGUACAGUAUUACGUUUUUGAAAAGCUUUUGCUGGUGUAUUACGAUUAAUUUUACUGUUGAAACAAAAUGCCGCCCAUUAAAUUCAAAACUUUCACUCGCGAUACACGAGGUAAUACAUUACGAAUGAAACUAAUGCGUAAUACGGACAUUUGGAGACGCGUGCGACUUUUUACAGGUUAAUAACUCCAUAGUUUUCUACCGUAACGUAUUUUAAUGCUUACGACAGUGUAACCGACUUAGCUUUUCGAGAACACCGAUUUAGAUACGAGAGUUUCGCUGAACUGCCUAUCCUUUAUCGGUUUAUCUCUGUCGCGUGUCAAACAAACAAAAAAAUAUAUAUAUAUAUCGCUUUUUUCCUCGACGCCAAAUGGAAAUAAACCGAGAGCAGUGUCGAUCGUGUUUGAACCGGUGAACGGCCGCUAUAGCUUCGAAAAUCGUUGACGACUGCGUUAACUCGCAGCAAGAACGAGAUUGCUCAGAUGUAUUACAUCCUUUAGAAUUAUGAUAGAUGAAGCCGUUCUUUGUACAAUUACUCGUUUAUAUACGUAUCCUAAGUUAAACGAGAUAUAGAUAGGCAGAGAACGCCGAUGUACUCGUUCAAAAUGUUCGGCAGUAACUCGUUAGAUUAGCUCAAUGUGGCCUUCCUUGAAUGUGUGACCCAUAAUGUGGUAGUAGAUGUUCCAGGAUUUGAAUAUUUCGCGAAGUGUAAGUGCGAUAUUUAAUCGCAUGCAACACGAGCUUAUAUAUAUAAAUAUAUAAAUAUAUAUAUAUAUAUAUAUAUACAGCUUUUAUAUAUAUUAUAUGUAAAAGCUUUAAUAUAUAUAUAGAUAUGUAUAUGAAAAUGUUGUUUAUAUAGUACUAAUGUCAGACUUUUCACUACUAAUAUCGCUCCGGGUGUAUCCUCACUUUACGAAUACAAAAAAGAAAUACAUAUACGACACGCACAUACGCGAAGUAAUCAUCUACAUUACAUCUACAGAUCUACAGGUAUACGCACAACGAGAUCAAGCUACACCCGCACAUAAAACUUUUGCACAGUACAUACGUAAAUAUGUAUAUGUGCGUAUACGUGUGUAAAACAUAUAUGCACGUAUACAUAAUAUAAUUUUAUGUCGUUGCUGUGUAUUGCUGUUCCUGCUUCACAAAUCACUCAUUGUUAUUUCUGUAUCAGACGUAACAUCGCCCUGCGAGCGGAGCGACGAACAUAUCGCGAUGAAAUCGCGAACGAUGCGUCGAUCGCGUACUUGUAACAGAUGCUAAUUAGUACCUAAAGUUUCUAUUAUCUGGCAUUUAAUUAUAUAACGAAAGAGUAACCGAGGUCAAUCAACUUUCGCGUGCUUUGAUCUCUUUCGGUGAUAACCGCGUCGCGUAUUACAGUAAACUGCGUGUAUCGUCAUUCCAAAUUGUCUUAAAUUCACCUUUUCAGGAUAUAGAUUUAGAACAAUUUGGAAAUAAGCUUGUCGCGAAACUUCAAUUUUUCUUAAUCGAUCACACAAUCCAGUACGAUUGUUCCGUUUUCGACUACGUCUCUUCUUCGGAACGAACACGAAAAUUCGUGCGCUUUAGAAGAAGUACACGCGUGUUUCACGAACGUCCGAAUAUAAAAAGUCUAGCGUAAUACCGUACAUCGCGCGUUAAUUAAAAAAUACAGCAUAGAUAUGUGUUUGACAAUCCCUUUUAAACUGCAUGCGAUGUUAUUGCAAACUUAUGCACGCAUGCACGCACGCGUACACAGUCACGCGCAUACAAACGCGUACACAUAUCAAUAUUUUGAAACCGGGAUGACCGAGUAUUGUGUGGCUGUGAAAUGGAAACAAGGCGAUGUCGUAUGAUCCAAUUUGUGAUCAAGAUACGAAAGCUAGAAAGGCUCGAUGCAAGAAAAACCUAAUUUGCAACAUUUAUUUGGUGUGUAAAAUUGCGUUUUUUAAAUAAGUUUUGCAAAUAAUGUACUGUGGAGACUUUGCGACAUCCUUGUUCCAAGUUUUUUAUUUCACGUUUGAUAAAUCUGAUAUAAUUUUGAGCUCGAUUAGUCUCAAGGAAAUAUUAUGUGACGUUUUAAUUAUUAAAAAUUGACGUAGGACCAUUUUCGACUAUCUCUUAACAUUCAAAUCUAAACUCGACGAAUCUCUGUACCGUUUUUAACAUAUUUAAUACUAAACUCGGAUAAAAUGUAUUUUCCUCCAUGUUGAACCUUCAGGAUGAUAUUGGUCAUUCUUGUUUCAAGUAGUGGAAACGACGUAUUGUAUAUGUAAACAGUUGUUUUUUGACCAACGGCAUUUACAUAUCUAUUAUUUUUAUUUAGCAGAUUGUAUUCUUAAUUAAAAUAACGUCACUCAUCAUUGACUUCAAUAUAUUCUUUUUUAUUGUAGGAAAUAUCUCGAUGUAGAAAAAUAUCUUUGUUUAGCCAAUUUAUCUUGUUAGACAAUAGAAAGGGAUGUGAAUCAAGUUUGCGCAGGUGUUAACUAAUAUAAUGCAGGAGAGUUUGAAUUUGUUUUAUAUUUAAUUUGAAUUUUACAUCUGAAAGGAUCGUAUUAUGGAUAUAUUCAAAUCUUACAUCAAUUUCUAAUAUAAUUGUAUUUUUCUAAAAAUGUCUUAAAGUCGCUUAAAAGUAUUCUCAGGGUUAUAAAGUAAUAUUAACAGUUUGUGAUAAUUGUGUACGUAAAGUGAACUUCCAAAAAUGAUGAAUUCCAACAUGAUAAUUUAAACGUGUUUGUGACACGUGAUAUAACAAGUCCGUAGUUAUCUGAAAAUCUUUAAUUAUUCGAUAUUAUAUUAUUAAUAAUCAGUCAAAGAUAUAUUUCCACAUCUUUUGCAUUGAUGUGAUGAUUAUUUUUUAUUAGAAAAUUCGAAUAUCGAAUUCUGGAAAGUUUGUGAAACGUGAUCUUAGCUGGUUAGCUAAUAUGUAAAUGAGAGAAAAUGCCGUUCGUUAAAGACCACCCCGCGUAUUGUAUGCGUACGUAUGUGUAUGUGUGCUCGUUGCAGCAAAGUGCAGUAUAAGUGCGCCGCGUCCGUAUAUUGUAAAUAAAAAAGCGAUGUCGUAAACAAUAUAGCCGAAAAUAUGGCAGGAACUGACCAAUGUUCGAGGCGCGAGACUGUUAAACUAUGAUUACCAUAUAUAUAUAUAUAUCAUGAAAAACGACAUACAUGCAUACAUAGACCAAACAUUUGUAUAAGUUUUCACUACGGCAGUGGGUGAAUCCGCAAAUUGAUAAUUGAUACCGGAAGAGAGUGAUAGUAAAUUUCUCUAAAUACCUUCCUUAAGAUUGACUUAAAAAGGUACUAAUUAUUUAGAGAAACUAAUUUACGUCCUAAACUUAGAGACGAAAUGCUUGUCUUAUGUAUAUAUGUCGUCGUGUAAAACUUAAAAAAUGAUGCUUUUGCGAUGACGCACUUCUCGAGCACUCGUGAUAACGAUCGUAUCGUUAUUACGAUAACGUUGUAUCGAAAACUCAUAUCUCUCGUCGUAGAAGAAUCGCGAAUCUCGUCCGCCAUUAAAUAUCGUGAAAGUAUUUCUCUAAGCGGCUUUGUAAGAUUAAUGUUAAAUUGAUGGUAGCGUGGUAAAUUAUACGAUCGAUACGUACUCGGGGCUAUCAACGCAUAGUUGAGCCGUAGUUAUUUUUCUAGUUAGUUUUUCUGUCCUACUUAAAAGAGACUCGUCGUCGUGAGACCGCUACUUGCGAUAUGUAUAAUAUGUUACCUGCGACUUGCGUUUAUAGAUUAGCGGUUAUUAAUUUGACGCGACCACUUUGCCAUGUCCUAAAGUGGCAUGAGCUUUUGUAGACAAUCAGUAUUUAUACGUUGAUAAUUAAGAUAUGUUGAUUAAUAUCUAAAGUUUUAAUGAGUUUGUUACAUCAUAUUUUUUUUUUUUUUUUUUUUUUUUUUUUAGAGUCAAGUCCGGUUCAGUUCGUUUUUUACGUACACGUUAUGUAAACUUUUUAUAGUUGACUUGUAGUAGUUAUUUGAUGUUUUACUCGUUCAAUUGUUCCUAUAUGGAGAGAAUAUAAAGAAAAUUUUAUGUAAACUAGUAGACUUGGCUAGUCGAGCGUACGUAGUAUCGAGGUCCUCUUCGACUUACACUGUCUACGUCGUAUUCUUUCGUUCUUCCUAAUAGCUAGGUACUGCUUUCGAACUCGCCUAAGCGGCUUGUAAGUCUCGGACGGAGUAAAGCUGAAAUCGUAGGGCCUCGUGCUAUGCUCAUUACGAAUUUACCAUAUUAUGUGUUUCAGCGCGUAGCGUUAUUUAUUAUAUAAAUUUAUUAUUCGUUCGCUUAAUAUACAAUUUCAGAUACUCUUUUUGCAUUGACACUACGAUAUCGUACCUCGAAUUUAGAUGAUAGAUAGAGACCAGCGUGCAGAUAUUCGAAGGAGCUUUCGUUCUGUCGAUAGAUAACGGGGGAUAAGUAAGACCGUGGUUCAAGACGAUGGUCUUCACGUAUAGUACCACGUAUUGUGUGUAUCAUAAUUUACGUGUAUUCGGCGUAGAGAAAAUGUGUAGGUAGGUAAUAUUGCGAGCAACAAUGCGAAGCGAAAAUCGAAGUGUAAUGUUAUCAAAAUGUACAGGGUUCCCAUUUCAACUGUAUUAUCUUUUGUAGGCCGAUAUAUAAUUUAGAGAAGACGAACUUUUCGCAAAAAAAUACGAAGAGAAAUCGUCUCUCACUUUCUAUAUGUCAACGCUAUUUUUCCCGUUUAACGCAACGAUCUUCAUUGAGUAAGUCUUGCGUAUUAUAUUCCUAAUUUAUAUGAAUUUUCGCCUCAGUGGGGAAUGGUUACACAUUGUUUAAAAAAGAAAUCGUCCUUUUUAUAAUAAUAAUUAUAACACUGCUAUUUAUUAUUCGCAUUUUGUUAAUUUUUCUGCCUCUAACUUUUUUUCCGAAUUUGGAACAUGCUUUAUUUUAAUGUGCGAUUAAUAAGAAUACCGACUUUAAACUGGCCGGAAGAUAAUAUAGUAAAAACGGGACGUACCGUAUAAACGAUAUACACACACGAUAUAAACACAUGUGUUGAUACGUUAUAGAUUUAUAUGUAUGCGUGUUAGGAAUCGGUUCUCGCGCUUUUCACACAAUGAAAGGAAGAAAGUGCAUUGACUUGUACAUCGCGACUUCGCGAUCGCCGAGCGAGAAUAUUUAUAUAUAAUACAUAAGGAAAUAUAUCGAGAGCUUCUUAGAUAAAGCUAGGGAACAAUGUACGGCUCUAUCUCUCCUACUUUCGCUCUCGUACUCUCCGCAGCCUCUGCGCGAAGAGGCGGAAUUGAGGUCCUAAUAUUGAAGCUCGUAGAUAUUCAAGCUCCGCCGUCGAUCGGCAAUAUCCGUACUUGUUUUUCUCCCCCGACCGUGUUGGAAAUCGCGUUGCGAGUAGCGUGGAGCAAAGUAGACGGAACGUAGCACAAUUUGGAUUAGAUCGUUUGUUAGACGCGUUUAUCGGCCCUAGAAACUCAAAUUAGCGCGAAUAAGCUCAGGUCAUGAGAAGCUUCCUGAUGUGUUAGACACUUAACGAUGUUAGACACUUAACUACGAGAUUCGACGGCACGUUCGUCCCCCCCCCUCUUCUGCCACGAGAUAACUCUUCCCGUCGCGUUGUUCGUUGUUUUCUGUUUUAUGUCGUUGUACAUACUUAAUAGCUAAUGUAAAAGUGUCGGGGAUUGGGAAACCGAGUCACGAUCUAGCCGAGCUCGAAAUUCGAUACCGUUCUCGACGUUCCUUACGUUCACCUGCGAAUAAAUGUGACGCGACGAGAGGAUCUUCGUCUCUUCUUUCUUUUUUCCUCUCGCGCACAAUAUCGAAAAUCGAGAUCGGCCGAGAUCGCCGGCCGGUUUUCCCGGUGGCCCAGCAAAAAAUUGACCAGGGUCGGUAAUUAAGCAAGCAGGAAUUUCUACGUGAAAAACGCAAAAAUUGAAGGCGUUCAGUUCGGCCGUCGAGGAACGGGGCUGUCUUAGCCGGCCGGUUUACUCGUAACACACAUCGCCGCUUAUUUUACACGACAUACCGCAUAGAAUCAUAGAUAAGCAAUAGGUAACGUCUGCGCGAAGACAGAAAAGAAGAGGAAGAAGAGGCGCAAGGCUCUCACAGUAUAGGAUAUCGUUAGCCGUUCGUCUUAGAGACACAUACGCGACUCGUAAAGCCGUUUAUAUGUUUAGAACUCGCGCUCGUAUCUCGCGAAAUGAUGCCACUUCUAAUUAUAGCGCAUUAGGCUCACUGAAAAUCCUCGAUUAAACUCGUCGACGAGAGCGUCCGCAAUGCGGGUCACGUGGACGUCGCCGUAAGGUAUAAUAUAAUACUCGGCAGAACGGUCGAUGGACUUUGUGUUGAACGGAUAACAGAUCCGUACUUAUGUAAGUCGAGAAUAACGAUGAUUGAAACGCACGUUGAAACGUUUAAUUAUAUAAUAUUACAUUAUCAAUGUUAUAUAGUAUGCUAGUUGGCAAUAACUUUUUGCAUACAUUUAACAUUUUAAUAACUUACAGUCACGCUUUUGUUUUAUAUAAUGGGAAUAAAUUAGUAGGAGUUGCCUAUAAAUAGGAAGUUUCGACCGUUCUUGCGAUCGAUUGCGCAAUCAGAUGGCUCCGAUGGGUUUGACUGUGCGGAUAGAAUUUAAUGUUUGACAGAAUCGAAGAGCUUAUUUUUCCAAGCUCUCUUAAAUCCGAAAGAUGACAGGAUUUCCAAUAGAAUCUCCCGAAUAACUGCGAACUUUUCGCGUCAGAUAAUUUUAACUUGACUCGAUGCGUGUAAAUCGAGCGUCAAAAAAAAUCAUCUUGGUUUUAAGACUUGGAGACGAGUUCUUCGAUUCGCCUAAGGGUAUAACUUACAAGCUGCUAUACUUGUCUAAAUACACAUGAAUGUAAUCUACCAGAUAUUCGCGUCCGUUAGAUUUUAAGAGUGAAACUUGUCGAUUAGAGUUCCUAACGAUGUGUUAGAUAGUCGCGAGCCCAGUUUUUUCAAUCGCGACGACGACGUCGCAUCAACGAAUUAGCCGAGCGAUCGCAGCAUCUUAGCUUCACGGUCCUGUGUCUCAUUAUAAUCUAGAGUCGAUUACGUCGAUUAAGAAAGACCGAGAGAGUCAAACCCAUCGAGGCGACUAUCUGAUUUUCUCACGGCGCGUCUCGCGGGAAACGCGGCGCGAACAAAGGCGAACGAUCGAUCCUCCGCCCGCUCGUGGAAUUAAAAUUCAACUCAAGAGACAAUCACUCUGCUUCGAGGUGUCGUGUGCGUUCAGGGUAACGGAGAAGAAACGAAGUAAAAAAAAAAAGAUAAAAAAAGCGGGGUGAGAACGGAGCGAUCGGGCCUACGUCGCGCGUCGACGAGAUCGAGCGGAGGUGCUCGGUUUGCGGACCAUUAAAACAAAGGAUACUGUACAACGAUUACGCUACAAUAAUAUUUAAUGUACCUCUAGGAAACUCGGGACUCGCGAUGGGUCUCGCGACACCGCGGGCCGAUAUCUCGAUAUCGCGCUCGUUUUUUUUUUUCUUUCGCGAAGCUGAUCCGUUUUUACGCUCCACAGAGUUUGGAGAAACGCGCACAGUCGAGAUCCCUCGCGCGCGUCCCGGGACAAUAGUAAUCGUUUUUCCGUGUAUUUUAUUAGGAGCUCCGGCGCAUUUCGUACGAAUUUAUCGGGAUGAUUUUACCUAAUCCGUUUCCUUUUCUCCUCGAAUACGUAAACCUGUUAGCCUUCGAUCCGAAGAGGUUCUCGGGAGCGUUAUCGCGUGCGAAUACCCGAAGCGAAUAGAUACGCACGUGUGGCGCAAAACCUCCGGGAGGACGUAGGAACGCGGAACCCCCCUUCGAAACGGCUCUUCAAUCUCUAAAUCGACGCUCGAAAUCUCGGUCGUCCUCACGCAUUUCGUUUCCUCGCGUUCGCACGUAGGCAAGGGUGAUUUAGGGUGGUUUAGCGACCAGAAAGUAACCGGCUAUAGGUCUACCGAUAGUUAGUCUCAUCAACGUCGUUAUCCGCAUUGGCUUUCUCGUGUUUCUCGCGGGAGCACGAGCGUGUUGCCGCGAUUGUUAUUUUUAUAUUUAACCGUAAGAUUUUUUAUCAGCGAACGGUCGUACCCUCGCGACCGCGAUGAACGGGAAAUGGGGGAAAAAAGAGAAAGGCAGAGGCCGUGGAAAUUGGCCGAGAGAGUUGCGAACGACACGACGAUCGAGGAGAUACAACCAGACAAUACAGUGUCCAACAUCGGGACAUAUAAGACGUCUUAUGUCCAUUUCUACCAACGCCGAUUAACUUUAAUCUCGGUUUAACUUACUUUUUAUCCUUUUCUAAUUCUAGGAAUUAGAAAAAAGUAAGUUGAACCGAGAUUCAAGAUUUCUACUAAUGCGGAUUAACUUUAAUCUCGGUUUAAUUUACUUUUUGCUUUUUUCUAAUUUCUAGAAUUCCUAGAAUUAAUUCUAGGAAUUAGAAAAAGGUAAAAAGUAAAUUAAACCGUGAUUAAAAUUAAUCCGCAUUGGUAGAAAUGGACAUUAAAGACGUCUUGUCCCGAUUUUGUGAUUUUCGCGUUGUCCGAUCUCCUCGCGAUCUCUCCUCGCCUCUGUUUUCAGACUUGCCGUUGAUUUCCGCAUCCUCGUCGCGGCAUGCCUUAAGUGUGUCAACGUUAAUCGUAUCGACUACGUAAUAGCGUCUUCGUGUCGUCGUCGUCGUCGUCGUUGUCGCCAUGGCUGUUCACUCCUAUUCUUCGCGCGCGACUCGUUCUUCUUAAUCACGGCGAUUCUCCCAGCAACGGGUCCCACCAUCUUAUCCCUGACUCCGACACAUAUCGUGGAAGAAAACGAUCGCAGAAACACGCGCGCGCAAACACUCCUCUCUCUUGAAGCUUAUACACGUUUAACAACGUCUGCACGUUCUCCCUCGAAGACGUCGUCCACGUCCAGAGAUCCGGGGUCUCGUCGAUCGCUGAAUAUCUUCCCCCCCUCCCCCUCGAGAUUCCAAGUCUCCCUGCCCCGUUGUGGAAGCGAAUCUUCUCUCUAAAACGAAAAUAUUUUCGUAACGCUUUAUCAGCCACCCCGUUUUCCGCGCGCGCGUUACACGGUGAGAAGCGUAAACGGUUUUUUUUUUUUUUUUUUUAAUACGAUCGGCCCCCGACCACGAAGAGCGAAUUCUCGAGGUUCUCUCCGCGAAAUGCUUCUAGGCUGUGACUCGUAACUCGAGAAAUCCAAUAUCGCGCGUUAUUAUCGAAACAAAUGACAAUCCUUCCUCGAGCGAAAGUCGAAAACGAGAGGGAAAGGUGCGCGAAAAAGGGUGAAAAAAAUAAAGAGAAGAAACGACGGAAGGGAUGAAGAUCACGCGUCAGAAGUUGGAGAACGCUUCGGAUCACGCUUCCUCCUCGUCCCGUUCGCGGUACCUUAACGCAAUAUACAUUGUCGAUACGUAACGAUAUUUCUAUCUCCGUUUUCGCCAACGUCUCGCUGUCAGCGGGCACUCGAGCAAGCAAACUUAAUAAUUAAAUUUAAAAAAAAAAGGAAAAUAAAACGUACGCAUUAUACGGUCUCGGGAUAGAUAUGCGUAGGACGCGAGGAAGCCGAGACUGGAGAAACCGACGGACCCUUUUCUUUCUUAUGCCGCGAAUUUUUCGGCACGCAUGCUCGCGCAGGGUCGUGCCGACCGCGUACCGGAGGGACGGCGUAAUAAUAUUAAUAAUAAUACGCGAAUGAUAUAUCUUUAAAUGGGCUGUGGUAGAAACAAAAAAAAAAAACCUUUAUAUAUACUUUACAUAUAUAUAAUGGAUCGGAUCCUCUCGUUUUAACUGAAAGAAAGAAAGAAA